GUUGGUACACAUACUAUUUUAGAAGCUUGUAAACAUGCACAAUUUGUUGGUUAUGAUAGCGAAACUGGAUUACCUAUAUUGUAUCUUCAAGAUACUAAAGCAUCCUUGUGGAAAAAAUUUUUUGAAUUAUUUCCUAAUAGUAUGCGAAGAACUACAUUUAUGACACACCUUCAAGAAAAUAGGUAUCAAUAUAAAGAAGAUUUAGGAGGUCUGUGUUCAAUUUGUAAUAAAUAUAGUUACAAGAAACAAUUAAAAAUACAAGCACAAAUUUUGAGACGUUACCUGCAUAGAAAUUUUUCAAAGGAGUUAGAUAUUGAUUUAUUAGAUUAUGCAAAUCAUAAUAAAUGUAUCAGCUAUUGUAUACCUUAUGUAUUUGGAGAAUGUUAUUUGGAUCAUUUAGAUAUUUGUAAUAAUUAUGAAUCUCUUUUAUUAUUUUUUGAAACAUUACAAAGCAAUCUUAAAAAAGAGCAACAAGAAAUAUUAUCAGACUAUCAAAAUCAAUUGAUCACUUUUAUAGCAUAUCAUAUUUCACAUGUAAUAAAAAGAUGGGUAAAAAUAGGUCAUGAAAUAGAAGAAGGAGAGGAUAUUGAAAAUGCUAUCAAAGACCUUUCAG